GAAAUAUCUGUAAUAUCUUGCCUCCCCAAAAACUCUGCAACAUGAGAAUGAGAUAAUCUCAAAUCUUCAGCCAGUUAUGGCGUUCACAGGAGUUGUGUCGUCUGUAUCUUCACCAAUCCUUCAUAAAGACUCAUUUUCAUCAUCAUCAUCAUCUUCUUCUUCUUCUUCUUCUAAGGUACACAGACCCACUUCUUUCUCUUGCUCUUCAAUCCCAACAACUUGUUCUUCUGCUAGUUCUUGUUCUAGUUCUAAUGCUGAGCCACUAAGCGAUUCUAUUAGUUUUGAUAAAAAUACCCAAAAAUUUAGCUACAGUAGAGCUUCACCAUCUGUGAGAUGGCCAGACAUGAAACUUAGUGAAAGUUAUGACCAAUCACCACAGACCCAGUUCACAAUUGUCUCUCCUGAACUGACCCGUGAUUCUGAAAGUACUGAGAAAGCCGAUAAUUUGAGGAGUUUAGAUUCUUUGGAUGAAAAUGACGAGACCCAACAAGUUUUAGGGAGGCCUAGCAGGACGAGGGUCAAGAAAAUGAACAAAUUGGCGCUUAAAAGAGCCAAAGACUGGAGGGAAAGAGUGAAGUAUUUGACUGAUAGGAUUUUGGGGUUGAAAUCCGAUGAGUUUGUGGCGGAUGUUCUGGAUGAUAGGAAAGUUCAGAUGACUCCCACUGAUUUUUGCUUUGUUGUGAAGUGGGUUGGCCAGGCAAGUUGGCAUAGGGCUUUGGAGGUUUACGAGUGGCUGAAUUUGCGCCAUUGGUACUCUCCGAAUCCCCGGAUGCUCGCCACCAUUUUGGCGGUCCUUGGAAAGGCUAAUCAGGUGGGAUUAGCCAUCGAGAUAUUCACAAGGGCUGAGCCUGAUAUUGGUAAUACUGUCCAAGUGUACAAUGCCAUGAUGGGUAUUCAAGCGAGAGCUGGUCGAUUCGAUAAGGUUCACGAGUUGCUCGAUUUAAUGCGCGAGAGAGGAUGUGAGCCGGACCUUGUGAGUUUCAAUACAUUGAUAAAUGCACGUCUGAAGUCAGGUGCUAUGGCGCCGAAUUUGGCUAUUGAGCUUUUGGAUGAGGUGAGAAGGUCGGGUCUCAGACCGGAUAUUAUUACUUAUAACACUCUUCUAAGUGGGUGUUCGCGCGAAUCCAACUUGGAGGAGGCGACUAAGGUUUUUGAGGACAUGGUGCGGCAUCAUUGUCAGCCUGAUCUUUGGACUUAUAAUGCCAUGAUUUCAGUGUUUGGGCGGUGUGGAAUGCCAAGCAAAGCGGAUAAGCUCUUUAAGGAAUUGGAGUCUAGGGGGUUUCUCCCUGAUGCAGUGACAUAUAAUUCUUUGUUAUAUGCUUUUGCUAGAGAUGGGAAUGUAGAGAAAGUGAAGGAGAUAUGUGAAGAUAUGGUGCAAAAGGGUUUUGGUAAAGAUGAAAUGACAUAUAAUACAAUGAUCCACAUGUAUGGGAAGCAGGGGCAGCAUGAUUUAGCCUUUCAGCUUUAUAGGGACAUGAAAACGGCAGGCCGGACUCCUGAUGCUAUUACGUACACAGUCUUGAUCGACUCGCUUGGGAAAGCUAAUAAGAUUACAGAGGCAGCAAAUGUCAUGUCGGGAAUGUUGGAUGCAGGAGUUAAACCCACAUUGAGAACCUAUAGCGCUUUAAUUUCUGGAUAUGCCAAGGCUGGUAUGCAAGUCGAUGCUCAGAAGACUUUUGAUUGCAUGGUUAGGUCUGGAAUUAGACCCGAUCAAAUAGCAUAUUCAGUUAUGUUGGAUAUGUUUUUGAGGUUCAAUGAGACAAAGAAGGCAAUGGCGUUGUAUCGAGAAAUGUUACGUGAUGGUUUCAUUCCAGAUAAUGGCCUUUACGGGGUCAUGGUGCGAGUACUUGGGAGGGAAAACAAAUCGGACGCCAUAGAGAAAGUGAUCAGAGACAUGGAAUUGCUUUGCGGCAAGAACCCACAAGUUAUUUCUUCAAUUCUUGUCAAGGGGGAAUGCUAUGACCAAGCUGCUAAACUUUUGAGACUUGCCAUCACCAGUGGCUAUGAACUAGACCGGGAAAAUCUGUUAUCUAUUCUUAGCUCGUAUAGUUCAUCCGGAAGGCACUCCGAAGCACAGGAGUUGCUUGAAUUCUUGAGAGAACAUGCUCCUGGUUCCAAUCAACUGAUAGCUGAAGCACUUGUUGUCAUACUGUGCAAGGCUCGUCAAUUUCAAGCUGCUUUGGAGGAAUACGGUAAAACUAAGGGAUUCCAUUCUUUUAGCAGGAGUUCUAUCAUGUAUGAAUCCAUGAUUCAAGGCUGUAAAGAGAACGAGCUCUUUGGUGAUGCUUCACAGGUUUUUUCCGACAUGAGAUUCUUUGGUGUUGAAUUAUCCAAACUUCUUUAUCAGACCAUGGCGCUCACAUAUUGUAAAAUGGGUUUCCCCGAGACAGCGCAUCAUUUGAUUGAUCAGGCGGAAGCAAAAGGCUUCAUUUUCGACAGUGUUGCUGUUUAUGUCAGUGUUAUUGAAGAGUAUGGGAAAGUCAAGCUGUGGCAGAAAGCAGAGAGCUUGGUGGGACGUCUCAGACAAAGACACACAGAAGUCGAUAGGAAGGUGUGGAAUGCGCUGAUACAAGCUUAUGCUGAAAGUGGUUGCUAUGAGAGAGCCAGAGCAAUCUUUAAUACAAUGAUGAGGGAUGGCCCCACGCCGACUGUAGAUUCUAUUAACGGUUUAUUGCAAGCUUUAAUUGUUGAUGGGAGAUUGGAUGAGCUUUAUGUGGUAAUCCAGGAGCUGCAAGAUAUGGGAUUCAAGAUAAGCAAAAGUUCAAUUCUCAUGAUGCUCGAUGCAUUUGCUCGAGCUGGCGAUGUGUUUGAGGUGAGGAAAAUAUACGACGGAAUGAAAGCUGCUGGUUAUUUGCCCAACAUGAAUCUUUAUAGGGUUAUGAUCAGGUUGUUGUGCAGGGUAAAACGAGUCAGGGAUGUCGAGGCCAUGGUGUCUGAGAUGGAAGAGGCGGGAUUUAAGCCUGAUCUCUCGAUAUGGAAUUCUGUGCUAAAGUUGUACUCGUCGAUUGAAAAUUUCAGAAAGACUGUUGAAGUGUACCAACAAAUUCAAGAAGCUGGUCUAAGCCCAGAUGAGGAUACUUAUAAUACUCUAAUAAUAAUGUACUGCAAAGACAGUAGACCAGAAGAAGGUUUAUCUCUAAUGCGUGAAAUGAGAAAUCAGGGCUUGGAACCUAAGUUGGACACCUACAAAAGCCUGAUUUCAGCAUUUAGUAAGCAGCAACUGUAUGAUCAAGCUGAGGAGCUUUUCGAAGAAUUGAGGUCAAAUGGACGUAAGUUGGAUCGUUCAUUUUAUCAUACAAUGAUUAAAGUGUUCAGGAAUUCAAAAAACCCAUCCAAAGCGGAAAUGCUGGUGACCAUGAUGAAAGAGGCUGGUAUGGAACCCAAUUUUGCCACAAUGCACUUGCUUAUGGUUUCUUAUGGUGGCUCCGGACAGCCUGGGGAAGCUGAAAAAGUGCUCGAAGAUUUGAAAGAAACUGGUUUAAAUCUCAAUACAUUACCUUACAGUUCUGUUAUUGAUGCUUAUCUCAAGAAUGGAGAUUAUAACGUUGCAAUUCAAAAGCUCAAAGACAUGGAAAAAGAGGGUUUAGAGCCAGACCAUAGAAUAUGGACGUGCUUUAUUAGAGCUGCUAGUUUGUGUCAGCGUACAAGUGAAGCUUUUACCCUCUUGAAUGCUCUAAGCGAUACUGGAUUUGAUCUUCCAAUAAGGAUUUUGACAGAAAAAUCUGAAUCACUAAUUUCAGAGGUGGAUCAAUGUCUCGAGAAGCUAGGACCUUUAGAAGACGAUGCGGCGUUUAACUUUGUCAAUGCUUUGGAGGAUCUGUUGUGGGCAUUUGAAUUCCGAGCAACGGCUUCAUGGGUUUACCAACUGGCAAUCAAGAGAGGCAUCUACCGGCAUGAUCUGUUCAGGGUCGCUGACAAGGAUUGGGGAGCUGAUUUUAGAAAGUUGUCGGCUGGUUCUGCGCUUGUUGGUCUUACAUUAUGGCUUGAUCACAUGCAGGAUGCAUCCCUGCAAGGCUACCCGGAAUCUCCGAAAUCAGUUGUCUUGAUAACAGGAACGUCGGAGUACAACUCUAUUUCUCUUAAUAGCACACUAAAGGCCUGUCUGUGGGAGAUGGGAUCCCCUUUUCUCCCUUGUAGAACGCGAACGGGUCUCCUUGUAGCUAAGGCACACUCCCUCAGGUUGUGGCUAAAAGACUCGCCGUUCUGUUUAGACCUUGAGUUGAAAGAUGCUCCAUCUCUGCCUGAAUACAACUCAAUGCAGCUUAUGGAAGGUUGUUUUCUGAGGCGCGGUCUUGUUCCUGCAUUCAAGGAGGUAACUGAGAGGCUCGGAAUUGUGAGGCCUAAGAAAUUUUCCCGGUUGGCUAUGCUAUCAGAUGAAAAGAGAACAAAAGCUAUUGAAGCUGACAUAGAGGGGAGGAAACAGAAGUUGGAGAAGAUAAAGAAAAAUGGUGGACUUGGGAGGAUGAGGAAGAUCAAGAAGCCAACAAAGGGGAAAUAUACACCGAGAUCGAAAUUGCGACAUGCUGGUGAGAUUGGAGUUGGAAGAAAAGCUUUGAAAUGAUUUGCCAAAUAGUGAAAUCUUCAUACCAUUUCACUGCCUGUAAUGUCCAUUGAGUUGUCACUUUUUGAGACGACAAGUGGGUUAGCUUUAGUCCAUUCCCAGCAUGUAAUAUGACUUGUAAAUAUUUGGGAACAAAGACAAAGAAAGGAAGAAAAGUGAUUUGACUUUUGUAGAUAACUAGAAGAAAUGC